GCUGUCGGCACUUAGAAUUAUCUUAGCUACAAUUUACAAAUGGCACAUUAUCGAGCGCCAGAGUCGAAACGUGAACAGUUUCGAAGAUAUCUAGAGAAGGCUGGUGUUCUCAACAGUCUUACCAAUGUGUUGGUUGCUUUGUACGAAGAGACAGACAAACCCAACAAUGCUUUGGACUUCAUAAAGCACCACCUUGGUGCAGCUGGUCCCGACGGUGCUGAUACCGAGGCGCUCCGCACGGAGUUGGCUGAACUGCAGCAGAAAUACGACUUGCUUCUGGAGGAAAACAAAGAGCUCAAAAACCGCCUCCUUCAGUAUGAGCCGGCACCUGAAGAUGGAGCAACAGAAUGAAAGAUUUUUUUUGUUUGUUUUAGUUUUCUAUUUUGUUUGUCCAAUGUUGAAUAUUGCGUUUUAAAGGGAGACUGCUAAAA